GGCUGGACGGGAGGGGAGGGGACAGCGUGGAGGAGGAGGGCCGCUGCCAGGCCGAGGCGCCGGAGUCCACUGGACUCCGGCUCCUCCAGGAUGUCCCUCAAGGCGAAGGACGACUUCCGGCGGCUGUACACGGUGUCGGACACGCGGACCCACCCCAAGGGCUACACGGAGUACAAAGUGACCGCGCAGUUCAUCUCAAAGACAAACCAAGAGGAUGUUAAGGAGGUGGUCGUCUGGAAACGCUACAGUGACUUCCGCCGCCUGCAUGGGGACCUGGCCUACACCCACCGAAACCUCUUCCGCCGCCUCGAGGAAUUCCCAGCCUUUCCCCGGGCUCAGGUCUUUGGCCGUUUCGAAGCCUCAGUGAUUGAGGAGCGGCGGAAGGCGGCGGAGGCCAUGCUGCGUUUCACGGUCAACAUUCCUGCCCUCAACAACAGCCCCCAGCUCAAGGAAUUCUUCCGAGGUGGGGACGUGACCCGGCCCUUGGAGCCCAGUGACCUGCACAUCCUGCCCCCGCCCCUGGUGCCCACGCCACCCCCAGAAGAGGCCCGACUCCCCCAACUUCUGCCAGCAGAGCGUCUGGGCCGGGAAGAACUUGAGGAGGAGAGCGAGAAGCCAGGGGACCGGCCUCCCUCCAGCCCUGCCCAGGAGGCCCUUAAUCUUCUGUUUGACUGUGGGGCUCCCGAGGAAGAGACAGGCCCUGCAGCCCGAGGGCCACUCACUGAGGCCGAGCUGGCACUCUUCGACCCAUUCUCCAAAGAAGAAGGUGCCGGACCAGGGCCCAGCCCCACCCACGUAGCUGACCUGGCAGCCUUGGGGGCAGAGCCCCAGACCCGGGGCCAGACACCCUGGGAGCCGGGAGGGGAGCAAGAAGAAGAGGAGGAGGAGGGUCCACGCCCAGCCUACCUGAACCGAGCUACAGAACUCAUCAGCCAGGCCCUGAAGGAUGAGCGAGCAGGGGCCUACGCCGAGGCCCUGCAGGGCUACCGGGAUGGAGUGGACGUCCUCCUCCAGGGGGUGCCAGGUGACCCCAACUGUGCCCGUCAAGAAGGAGUGAAGAGGAAGGUGGCAGAGUAUCUGCGGCGGGCAGAAGAGAUCUUGCACCUCCACCUGCAGUCGUGAGCCCGCCUUCCUGCCCAUCCUAGAGAUCUUGGAGAUCUGGCCUCAGUUUCCCUAGCUGUCAGAUGGGCAUCAGCAUACUUGCACUGCCCCCGCCCAAGGGGUGUCAUGAGGACAGUGCUUGGGGGUCUCAUGGAGGGCUGAAAAAGUGGGGGGGGUCUCAGGAGUGUUUCUGUCUUCUCCAAUGUCCAUGGUGUUCAAUGACAACGACCCCAAGGGUACUUGGCCAGCCCUGCCUCCGCCAAGCUGGGGUCCACACAACUGCCACUUAGACAUUCCCCAAGUGCCCUUCAGACCACUGCACUGCCCAGCCCUGAUGACCCAGCCCUCCCUCACCACUCUGACCACACUCCAUCUCCCACCUUUAUGCCUUUGCCCUGGCCAUUCCCCAUGCCAGGAAUGCCUUCCCUCCUCCCUGUCUCUCCUGGAAGUGAAUGAAUGAAUGGCUAAUCUGUGAACAUGUGGUUCUCCUGGGAUAGUGUAAGCCCGCAGAGGGCAGGGGCUUCUGUCUCUGUAUCCCAGUGCCCAGCGCAUCGAGGGCACUUAAUAAAUGCUUGCUGGAUGCAUUGGAA